AUGGAGGGAAACAUUCGGGAUUGCGCCGACCACUCUCAGUCCAGUCUGUCGCUGUCCCGCCAUGACGUGCCCCAAGAGCAGGAUCCGCGACGCAGGCUACUGUUGAUAUACAUCCAUGGCUUUAUGGGCUCGGAGGCCAGCUUCCAUGAUCUACCAGCACAUGUCCAUGAUCUGCUUACAGCUUCACUGGCCGAAUCUCAUGUGGUUUACACGCGCAUGUAUCCUCGAUACAAGUCGCAGGGUGAAAUUCAAACAGCAGUAAACCAAUUCAGCACAUGGCUCUCACCACAUGAGGCAGAUGAUCUCGACGUCAUCUUAUUAGGACACAGCCUUGGUGGAAUUCUCGCAGCAGAUGUUGCACGUCUGGAGAGAGAUGGACACGCGAAGCACCGGAUCCUGGGAGUUGUGGGAUUUGAUGUUCCAUUUCUGGGGAUCCAUCCUCGUGUCGUCCCAACUGGCACCAUGGGCUCAAUGCCCAAGAAGGCACCGGCAACCGAAGAACUAGCGGGCGCACAAGAGUCACUGGGAAUGGAAACACCAUUUAAACCGGCGACCUCGAAUCCUAACUUUGACCCUCCAUUUAUGAAUGAUGUGCGUUUGGUUGAGCGUGGCUUCUUGAAGGGCAUCAUGCAUUUCGUCAACAAAAACGAGAACAAUCUCACAAGAUCAAUCAUCGACCGCGUUGUAUCGCCGUUGAAAUUUGCAGGAUGCGUGAAUAAUUACUCGGAGCUUCGACGUCGGUAUCGACAUCUCAUGGAUCUGGAGGCUGCGGAGUCCAGCCCGGAGAGGGUACGAUUCGUCAACUAUUAUACUGCAAGUACCGGUCACCCGAAGAAAGAGAAGAAGAAGAAACCCCCGAAAGAGCCCAAGGAAAAGAAGUCCCAGAAGUCCAAAGAUUUGAAACAUUUAGAAGAAGGCGGCGAGACCAAAGAAUCAGAGGAAUCAACUGAGAAUCCUGAAGUCACUAGUCGAACGCAAAACUCGGAGAAAGCUUCACUAGAUGAAUUAGGAGUAUCAGCUGACUCCGUCCAGUCUGACAGCACCCCAUCGCUGGACAAAUUGUCUCUGGAAAACUCUCUUGAAGACCAAUCACUCAAGCCGAUAUCUUCCCAUACUUCUCAUACUUCCGUGGAAACCGAAAAAGCCAAUGAUGCAAGACCUAUACCCACACAGUCAGAAAGCGCCGACACCAUACACUCAAGCUUAGGGGGACCUAGAGAUACACAGUCCCUUUCUGAAAGUGUGUCUAUCACAGAAAGCGCAUCCAUCACACCUUCGGAGGCUUCGGAUCCCUCCAAGCAGCAACUCCGCAAAUUUAUUCUGCUCCCCUCACACCAUUGGAAAUACAACGAUAAUUCACAUUGGGUGCCAAUAUUGAUGGAAAAUAUGGACGAAGUCGAAGCGCAUCAGUCUAUGUUCAUUCCCCAUGGUGCGAAUUACGACCACCUCAUUGGAGAUAGUGUUGCAUUGAUUGAACAGUGGAUCGAGAAUGAUCUCAGUCGACGGGCACUCCAGGAGUGCCUCGACUAG